ACACACAAAAAAAAAAAUGAAACUCUUCUUCUUCUUCUUCUUCUCCCUCCUCCUUGGAUCCUGUAUCGGAGCCAAUGACACAAUUAUGAGAAGGCAGUCCUUGAGAGAUGGUGAGGUUAUAUUCUCUGAAGGCAAGAGGUUUGCUUUUGGAUUCUUCAGCCCUGGGGAGGACUCUAAGCUUCGUUACGUCGGUAUCUGGUACGCUCAGAUCUCUGAGCAGACUGUUAUAUGGGUUGCAAACAGAGAACGUCCCGUUAAUGACACGUCAGGGCUUGUAGUGUUCAGUGGCAGAGGGAACCUCUGCUUAUAUUCAUCAGCCCAUGAGACUGAGCUUCUAUGGUCGACUAAUGUCUCAGAUAGGAUCUCUGAGCCAAUGGCUAGACUCUCUGAUCUAGGCAACCUCGUUGUACUUGAUCAUCUCACUGGGAGAACUCUCUGGGAGAGCUUUGAUCAUCCUACAGACACUUUUGUUCCUUUCAUGAGACUAGGCUUCACAAGAAAAGACGGUUUGGAUCGGUUUCUAACGUCAUGGAGAUCUCCUCAAGACCCUGGUCUUGGGAACUAUACAUUGAGGAUGGAACGUGGAGCGUUUCCACAGACAAUGAUGUACAACGGUCUGAACCCACUGUGGCGUGGAGGUUCAUGGACAGGACAGAGAUGGAGCGGUGUCCCUGAGAAGACACUCAAGUCCAUCUUCAACAUCUCCUUUGUGAAUAAUCAGGACGAAGUGUCCAACACUUACGGCGUGUUGGACACUUCAGUGAUAACAAGAGUGGUGAUGAGAGACGUGGGAAGCUUGCAACGGUUUACGUGGAACGCAAGGGAGAAGAGGUGGAUAGGGUUAAGACCUAACCCUCAAGAGCAGUGCGACGGGUACGCUUAUUGUGGACCGAACGGUUACUGUGAUCCCUUGAGUAGAGACACGUUGGAGUGCAGAUGCUUACCUGGCUACGAGCCCAAGACGCCUGAGGAUUGGAACUCGAGAGAUCCUUCAGGUGGGUGCACGAGGAGAGAUGAUACAGGUUUAACAUGCCGUGGGAGAGAAGUUUUUGUGAAGUUGGAGCGUGUGAAGAUUCCAGACACGUCAGGUGCAAUUGUGGAUAUGAAUGUUACGUUGAAGGAAUGUAAACAGACAUGCUUAGGGAACUGCAGUUGUGUCGCUUACGCAAGUGGUUACUAUGAAAGUGAAGGAGGACCAAGAGGGUGUUUGACAUGGCACGGUGAUAUGUUGGAUACGAGGACUUACUUGAGCUCAGGACAAGAUUUGUAUGUACGCGUAGACAAGGAAGAGUUAGCACGGUGGAACAGAGAAGGGUCAUCAAGGAAGAGGAAACUCAUUUGGAUUCUCAUCAGUUUGAUUGCAGCUGUCAUGUUAGCAACGGUUAUGUUGUUCUGUUUUGUGAGGAAGCGACAAAAGUCUAAGAGGCAUACAAGAUCUACAACAGCCUUUGCUACUAGUUAUGUUGAUUUUGGAGACUCACUAAGAUUUGGAGAACAGCUUCAUGACAAGGAAAGAAAUAGGGAGUUGCCUCUCUUCGAGCUUACCACAAUCGUUGAAGCGACAGACAACUUCUCUUUAAAUAACAAGUUUGGAGCAGGUGGUUUUGGAUCCGUUUAUAAGGGAGUGUUGGAGAAUGCUAUGGAGAUAGCUGGGAAGAGGUUGUCAACAAACUCAGGCCAAGGAAUGGUAGAGUUCAAGAACGAGGUCAAGUUGAUAUCAAAGCUGCAGCAUCGGAAUCUCGUGAGGAUCUUAGGGUGUUGCGUUGAACUGGAAGAAAAGAUGUUGAUAUACGAGUAUCUACCUAACAAGAGUCUAGACUAUUUCAUAUUCCACGAAGAGCAUCGAGCACUUCUCGAUUGGCCACAACGAAUAGAUAUAAUACGAGGGGUUGCUCGUGGAGUCCUCUAUCUUCAUCAUGAUUCAAGGCUGAGGAUCAUCCAUAGGGACCUCAAGGCAAGCAAUGUACUUCUUGACAAUGAAAUGAUCCCUAAGAUUUCAGAUUUUGGCAUGGCGAGGAUCUUUGGAGGCAACCAGGUUGAAGGAAGCACGAAACGGGUCCUUGGAACAUAUGGUUAUAUGUCACCGGAGUACGCAAUGGAUGGCCAGUUCUCCAUAAAAUCUGACGUGUAUAGCUUUGGAGUAUUGAUUUUAGAGAUCAUUACCGGAAAGAAAAACAACUGUUGCUUCAAUGAAUAUUCGAAUCUACUCGGACAUAUUUGGGAUCAAUGGAAGAAAGGUGAAGUAAUAGAGAUCAUAGACAAACUGAUGGACGUGAAGAGUUAUGAUGAGAGCGAAGUGAUCAAGUGCAUACACAUUGGGUUGCUUUGUGUUCAAGAAAACGCUUCGGACAGAGUAGAUAUGUCUACCAUUGUGUUCAUGUUGGAGCAAAACGCUAUUGAUCUUCCAUCUCCGAAGCAUCCGGCCUUUACUACGGGGAGGAGAAUAGAAAGUAAUGAUGGUGGCAGCUCCUCUGGUGGUUGUCUCAGCGGACAAAACGGAAAUUCUAUUAAUGACGUCACCCUCACCACCAUUCUUGGCCGCUAACAAUAUUCCAGUUAUUUCUGAUAUAAUGGUUUUAUUUUUCUCAAACAAUUUAUUGGUUUAUAU